UAUAUGCCCACCCGUGCAGCGUGCACGUACAUUAGGAUUAUACUGAUACGCACGUGCUACUCGUGCAUCAUAUGCCCACCCGUGCGCCUCUGGCAUAUAUAGAGAGUGUCGAGUGUCCUGGUUGCACCAGCCGAAGCCAACUUAGCUGCAGCAGUGCAGACUGCAGAGCCUCUCAGGUCUCGAGUGCUAGAGCUAGCUUCAGCUUCCCCAUCUUGCACGGACGCAAAGCUACUCCUGAAGCGACUUGGCGGUGCGACGGCUGUUCAGCCAUGGCCUUGGACGCGAGGGCCCUGCCGGCGGUGUCCGUCUCCGCCCCCGAUGUUGGCGUGGCGAGUGCGUGGUCCGAGAACGGCGGGGAGGCUUCGUCCGCGGCGGUGUCCGUGGGCGUGCCGGUGCUGUGGAGCGACGAGAGGAGGAUGAAGCGGGAGCUGGUGGCGUGGGCCAAGGCCGUGGCAUCCAUGGCCAUCAGGGCAUCGAUGCAGUGCUAAGGAUUAGGCGUAAUUAUUUCGUGUAGCGAGGAAGUAAGCUUUUUUUUUUCUUUUCUUCUGAGUCCUUUCUUGGCGGAGCGGAUCAAUUUAGGCGACGAAGCAUGCCCGCGUCUGCCGCGCGGUGGCGCUUCUCGGCCAUGACCGUUGAUCGAUUCGUUUGGCUUGUACAUGUUUUUGGAAAGGAUGGAAGAGAAUUUUGCCGAAGUUUUUCCCGUGUCGCCGUUCGAACUGUCAGAAAGAAUGUUCCCUUUGGAUUUGCCGAGUUGUAA